ACAUCGUGAUUACUUCUAUAUUGUCACGUUCAUAUGUUCAGACUUCUUUGGAAAGACUUCGUCGUCUAUAAUUCCUGAUUAGAAUGAAUUAAACAUGAUAUAAUUGAUAAUUUGAUAUAGUCAGACAUUAACGAGAAGAGGAGGGAAGAUGAAAAGUGUAAAACACUCAGCAACAACUGCUGCAAAAGAUAAAUCACAGUUGUUUUUUGUGGAAUGUGAUAAUUGAAAAUAUAGAGAAGUUCGAAAUGAUCGAAUCUUGCACGAAGAAGCGAAUGUUGUUAGGUAUUACAUUUUUAGGAGGAUUAACAGUUUUAGCGUUAAUUAUCGAGAGCCAUUGGACAAACAGCUCAAGUAAACUUUAUAUUGAUAAUUACGAGAAUAAUUCCUCCUGUAUCUCUGGCGAGGAAUAUGAAGUGAUAUCCGAAUGCCAUCCAUGCACUGCCUUUGAAAUUGCUAGUGAAAGCAUUGAUGUUUGUGUCCAUGCGAGGUAUAAAGAAGUGUUGAAAUGCAAGAGUGGUGAAACAAUAACAAGAAGUUGUGACAAAGUAGCUUGGCUAGAAGAAAAAACAUUUUGGAAGUUUGAGGGUUUCAUGUUUGCUGCAGCGAUCUUCUCUUGUUUAGCUGUAUAUUGGAGAGAGAAUAUAUUAAGACAGAGAAUAAUCAGAAAAGUAGCGAAACAAUUACGAAUUAGCGCAUGAAUGCUGUGAGUUGAGAAUUAAG